AUGUCUGACGGUACUCAAAAACUAUGGGGUGGGAGAUUCACUGGCGAAACCGAUCCUUUGAUGCACCUGUACAAUGCAUCUCUUCCAUAUGAUUAUAAGAUGUACAAGGCCGACCUGGAAGGUACCAAGGUAUACACUGCGGGUUUGCAGAAACUUGGCCUUUUAACGGAGACAGAGCUGGCCAAGAUCCAUGAAGGGUUGGCUGAAAUCAAGAAAGAAUGGGAAGCUGACAAAUUCGUCCGUCAUGCAAACGAUGAAGACAUCCAUACUGCUAACGAAAGACGCCUUGGUGAACUCAUUGGCCGUGACAUUGCUGGUAAAGUUCAUACCGGUAGGUCGCGUAACGACCAAGUCGUUACUGAUUUGAGAAUCUACUGCCGUGACGUGGUCAACGACAGUCUCUUCCCAGCCAUGAAGGGCUUGGUCGAUGUUCUGGUCAAGAGAGCAGAGGGAGAAAUGGAUAUCCUGAUGCCAGGCUACACACAUUUACAAAGAGCUCAACCUAUUAGAUGGUCUCACUGGUUGAGUUCUUAUGCUACCUACUUUACAGAAGAUUACAAAAGACUGGUUCAAAUAUUACAUAGAUUAAACCAAUCGCCAUUGGGUGCAGGCGCUCUUGCUGGCCAUCCUUACGGUAUCGACAGAGAAUUUUUGGCUGAAGGAUUAGGUUUCAAUAGUGUCAUUGGUAAUUCAUUGGUUGCGGUUUCUGACAGAGAUUUCAUCGUGGAAUUGAUGUUUUGGGGAACCCUGUUCAUGAACCAUAUUUCCCGUUUUGCUGAAGAUUUGAUUAUAUACUGCACGGCUGAAUUCGGUUUCAUACAGUUAAGCGAUGCUUACUCAACAGGUUCCUCCUUGAUGCCCCAAAAGAAAAACGCCGACUCCUUAGAAUUAUUGAGAGGUAAGUCCGGGAGAGUCUUUGGUGACCUAACAGGGUUCUUAAUGAGUUUGAAGGGUAUCCCAUCUACUUACGAUAAAGAUAUGCAAGAAGACAAGGAACCUCUGUUUGAUUGUUUGACCACUGUAGAACAUUCCAUGUUGAUUGCUACAGGUGUUAUUUCUACAUUGACCGUCAACAAGGAUAAGAUGGAAGCCGCCCUAACAAUGGAUAUGUUGGCUACUGACUUGGCUGAUUACUUGGUCAGAAAAGGUGUUCCAUUCAGAGAGACCCAUCACAUCUCUGGUGAAUGUGUUGCUGCCGCUGAAAGAUUGGGUCUGAGUGGUAUUGACAAAUUGACUUUAGAACAAUACAAAAAGAUCGAUCCAAGAUUUGCUGAAGAUCUUUUCGAAACUUUCAACUUCGAACAAAGUGUUGAAAGGAGAGAUGCUACUGGUGGCACAGCUAAAUCGGCUAUUCUUAAACAGUUGAACAACUUGAAGUCCCAAUUACAAUAA